AUGGGGAGUAGAAGCGGGCAGGGAAGGAGGAGCCUGAGCGGGGAGGGGGGCGCCGAGCCGCGCUACGAGGGCAGGCGCGAUGGCAGGGUCGUGGGGCGCCCCGGGCGGGACCUGAAGGGCAACGGCAGCGCGCUGCUCAACGCCUCGCAGCGGGCGCCCGGCGGGGAGGGGGCGCGGCCGCGACCCUCCUGGCUGGCCUGCACGCUCGCCUUCACCCUCAUCUUCACCAUCGUGGUGGACGUCCUGGGCAACCUUCUGGUCAUCCUGUCCGUGUAUCGGAACAAGAAGUUGAGAAACGCAGGAAAUCUAUUCGUGGUGAGCCUGGCAGUUGCGGACCUGGUGGUAGCCGUGUAUCCAUACCCCUUGGUGCUGAUAUCUAUAUUUAACAACGGGUGGAAUCUGGGCCAUCUGCACUGCCAAAUUAGCGGGUUCCUGAUGGGCUUGAGUGUCAUUGGCUCAAUAUUCAAUAUCACUGGAAUUGCCAUCAACCGCUAUUGCUACAUCUGCCACAGCCUCAAGUACGACAAGCUGUACAGUAACAGGAAUUCCCUCUGCUGCGUGUUCCUGAUAUGGAUGCUGACCCUCGUGGCGAUCGUGCCCAACCUGCGUACCGGCACCCUGCAGUACGACCCGAGGAUCUACUCCUGCACGUUUACGCAGUCUGUCAGCUCAGCAUACACAAUCGCGGUAGUGGUCUUUCAUUUCCUCGUUCCUAUGACCGUAGUCAUCUUCUGCUACCUGAGAAUAUGGAUCCUGGUUCUUCGGGUCAGGCGGAGGGUGAAACCUGACAGUAAACCCAAAAUGAAACCACAGGACUUCAGGAACUUUGUCACCAUGUUUGUGGUUUUUGUACUUUUUGCCAUUUGCUGGGCUCCUCUCAACUUGAUUGGUCUUGCCGUGGCUUCAGACCCCGCCAGCAUGGUACCCAGGAUCCCAGAGUGGCUAUUUGUGGCGAGUUACUAUAUGGCAUAUUUCAACAGCUGCCUCAAUGCCAUUAUAUAUGGGCUCCUGAACCAAAAUUUCAGGAAGGAAUACAGAAGAAUUAUAGUCUCACUGUGUACAGCCAGAAUGUUCUCUGUGUGUCGUUCUCAUGAUGCUGCAGAUAGGGUUAAAUGCAAACCCUCUCCGUUGGUGACCAACAAGAACCUAGUAAAAGUGGACUGUGUUUAA